CUGCCUUACGCCCUCCGCCGCUGCCCACUGCGGCACCGCCCCCCGACGCCGAUUCGCGGAUCCCCUCUCCGGUUCGCCCGAGGCGGAGAGGCCCCGACGCCGCCGGUCGACGAGCCCGACGCCGAUCUGUCAUCCAUGAGACAGUGAGAGAUAGCUGAGACUGACGCCAAUAUGCCAUCGGGGAAUUUGGGGGCCCAUUUAAUGGUAUCUAUUGGGCUUCUAUUGGGCCGGUUAGUGUGAGUAACCUCAGAUCCGCCGCCGCCGCCGCUCCAGCCGUCCACCUCCGCCGCCAUCGCUCGCCGCCGGCGCCGCCUCGCCUCAGCACCUCGUGUCCAAAGCAGCCGCAGGCAUGGUGGGUGAGGAGGAAGAAGACCCCGACUGGCUCCGCGCGUUCCAGGCGCCAACCACUUCAAUGGUGAUGCUUUCUUCUGGCUCCGAUGAUUCUCCUGAAAACAGUCCUACAAGGACUGCUCCAGCUGGAGAAGAAAAAGGGGGAGGAAUCAAGGCUAGUUCGGAACACGCAGGCGAUGGAGAUGUGGCUGCACAAAAUAAAGGAAAAAUGGCAACACGUACUAGGAGAAAAACCCCUAGUAGUCAAGAAGAUGCUUUUGACAAAGAUGAGGGACCAACCAUCGAUGGAAAACAAGCCAAGCCUGCAAAACGAUCAACUCCAAAGAAGAAUUUGGUUAAACUCCCAUCUGAUUCUAAUUCUUCACCUGGAAACAACCCUUCAAGGACUGGUGAAACUAAUAAAGAAGAGGAUUCACUUAACACUUCUAACACAAAACAUGGUCAGCAAGUCAAGGGAAAAAAAACAAAGGUUACUGGACUAAAAGCUGGUCCAGAUCAAAUAGAUGAUACCUUGGAACAACAAGAAGAUGGAGUUGCAGUUGCUGAGGAAGACGUGCAGGAUAAACUUACAGAGCACUCAGUCUCUCAGAGGCUGCCAUUGAUCAUUCCUGAUAAAGUUCAGCGUACAAAGGCAUUGAUUGAAUGUGACGGUGACUCGAUAGACUUAAGUGGAGACAUUGGAGCUGUUGGGAGAAUAGUAAUUUCAAAUAGCCCUAAUGGAAAUCAAGAUUUGUUACUGGACCUAAAAGGAACUGUAUACAAAUCAACAAUUGUUCCAUCCAGGACAUUUUGUGUUGUCAGUGUGGGACAAACAGAAGCAAAGAUAGAGGCUAUAAUGAACGACUUUAUUCAAUUGGAACCCCAGUCCAAUUUAUUUGAAGCAGAGACUAUGAUGGAAGGUACCCUUGAUGGAUUCACAUUUGAUUCAGACGAGGAGGGUGACAAACUUCUUGAAUCACAUGCUUCUCAAAACGAUCAAAAUAAUGAAGAUGAAGAUCAACCUAAGGCAAAAAACAAAAGGAAAGCUGAGAAGCCCCUGGUGAAAGGACAGAAGAAAGCGAAGGCGAAGGUUGCAGGAAAGGCUGCUAAAAAGGGCACAAGGAAAACCCAAAUUACAAAGAGAACAAAGAAGGCGAAGAAAUAGAUCAGAUCAGUUAUGAAACCGGGACAACUACCAGUAAAGACUAGAGAAUCCACUCCAAACCGAUCUGAUUCGAGUCAUCAGUGUAGCAUCAUGUACUUUUAAGUGGAGAAUGAAAGUAGUAGGGUUGCAUAUAAUUGUGAAAUCCAUUUUUUUUUAUGGUUUAUGAGCUUUUUAUGUAUCCCAACUUGUAUGUUGUAUAACUAGCAGAUAGUCAAAUUUAGCCAGAUUUGAAAAUGUAUGGAUAUCAAACACUUGCCGUUCAUCUUUUAAAUUAUUUGAACUGAAAGCGCAAUGAUAGU